AUGAAAUAUCAUUCUGAAUUACCAACUUUGGACGAAUUUAUGAAUUUCUUGAAAGACAAAUCUGACAUUUUACAAUGUUUGGACGAGUCUCAACAAUCAACUAAAUCCAUAGGCAAUUUAAGUAAGAAUAAGAACAAUCCAGUACAUAUGCUUUUAUCAACAAAUAAAUCAUUGUCCUGUAAUUAUUGUAAACAAGCUCAUACAAUUUAUAAGUGUCCUCAGUUUUUAGCUUUAAAUGUUGAUACAAGAAUUCAUAAAAUUAAAAAUUUGCACUUAUGCGAAAAUUGUUUACUUGCAGGUCAUGAUAAACAAAAUUGUAAACACGGCAAAUGUACAAUAUGCAAAAGGAAGCACAAUACACUGCUUCACAAACAAUAUAAUGUAGUAUCCCCGGCAAAUAAUCCUUCUAAUGAACCAACAACUUCGAUGAAUGUAGUUGUAAACCACAAUAAUUCAAACACGAUUUUAAAAGCGGAAACUUUCGCCAAUUCACUGUUAUCUACCGUCUCAUGUCAAAUUAAAGACAACCAAGGCAAUUUUCAUCAAAUAAGAGCACUGCUGGAUUGUGGAGCUCAAUCCAAUAUAAUAACUGAAAGGCUAUGUAGUUUACUAAAUAUACCAUUGUUACCUACCAAUGUCUCAAUUUGUGGAAUAGGUAAAUCUGUAUCUUAUAUAAAUAAAAAAUGUUCUAUUUCUCUUUAUUCUUGCGUUAAUGAUCAUGAAUAUACAAUUUCAUGUUUAGUCGUCCCUGUAAUAACUGGUAAUAUUCCAUUUGCUUAUUUUAAUCCUAGUACAUUAAAGAUACCGGAACAUGUUCAAUUAUCUGAUCCCACUUUUGGAUGUCCACAAGAAGUCGAUUUAUUGUUGGGCGCCAAUAUAUUUUGGGAUUUGUUAUUAAACGAAAAAAUAAAAUUGGGAAAUAAUAUGUUAGUUAACACUGUAUUUGGAUGGAUAGUAACAGGUGUGCUUCCAAUUGAUAAUAAUAAAACAAUCAUGUGUAACCUUUCAAGUCAUAUUCCUGAAGAUGACCAGUUAAAGAAAUUCUGGGAAAUUGAAGAAAUAAAAGGUAGUAAUCAAUUUUUAUCUCAAGACGAUAUUGUGAGUGAGUCUUUAUUUAACGAAAAUACUUUCCGCAUAGAAAACGGUCAGUUUGUAGUAAAAUUCCCGUUAAAACAAUCCCCAGAACUAUUGGGCAGGUCUAAGCCCGAAGCAAUUAGAAGAUUUAAGACAUUAGAAAAACGGUUCGCGGAUGUUCAAUUUAAACAAUUAUACACCGAUUUUAUUCAAGAAUAUGAAACUUUAGGUCAUAUGACUAAAAUAACUAUUGAACCCGAUGGAAUUAAAUACUUUUUACCACAUCAUGGUAUUUUAAAAGAAAUGAGUACGACAACUCGUUUACGCGUAGUUUUUGAUGGAAGCUGUAAGACGUCUACAGGGUGGUCGCUUAACGAUCUACAAUAUAUCGGCCCUAAAGUUCAGAAUGACAUUAUAAACAUUCUUUUACGAUUCAGAACAUAUAAAUUCGUGGUUUCAGCUGACAUAUCAAAAAUGUAUUGUCAAAUUCUCAUAGAUCGAGAGCAUAGACCUUUACAACAGAUACUAUGGCGUGAUAACCCCAAAAGUAACUUUUGCACUUAUCACUUGAAUACAGUUACAUAUGGAACUCGAUCAGCUCCAUAUCUGGCUAUCAAGUGUAUUAAGACACUAGCGGAACACAAUAUGAAUCAAUACCCCAAAGCCUGUGAAACAAUACUAAAGGACAUGUACGUGGACGAUUUGUUGACCGGUUCUAACGAUUUAAUAGAAUUACAAAAAUUAUGCAAAGACAUAUAUGAUGUCUUAUCAUCCGCUAAUUUCAUUUUAAGAAAGUGGAUUUUUAAUAAUUUUCAAGUAGUUUGUGGCUUCAAAGAUAACAAUAUCUCAAAUGCAAUUUUAGAUAUAGGUGAUAAAGAAAGUUGUAAAACUUUGGGAAUCCAAUGGGACAAUAAAAAUGACAUUCUAAAAUAUACAAUUAAACAAUUUACCCAUCGAAACACAAUUACUAAACGUCACAUUCUUUCAAUUAUUGCUCAAAUUUACGAUCCAUUAGGGUUAUUGAGCCCUUCAAUAGUUAUUGCAAAAUUAAUAAUACAGAAAUUAUGGUCCCUACACAUUAGAUGGGAUGAGCCUAUUCCACAAGAUAUAGAACAAACUUGGUAUCGAUUUCAGAAUGAACUUGGCAGUUUAAAUCAAUUGUCUAUUCCUAGAAAUGCUAUUUAUUUAAACUAUGUACUUACAGAUGUCCAUUGCUUCUGCGAUGCAUCGAGAGAUGCAUAUUCAUGUUGCAUAUACUUACGUAGUGUUGACGAUAGCGGAAAUUAUAACGUUCAAUUACUAUGUGCCAAAACCAAAGUGUCGCCACUGAAGACAAUAACAAUUCCAAAACUUGAAUUGUGUGCUUGUCUUCUAGGAGCACAACUAGUAAAUACUGUGGUCAAUGCCCUCAAUUUAAAAAAUAUUCAUUAUUGUUUGUGGUCCGAUUCUCAAGUCGCCCUAUGUUGGAUUAACACGGAACCCAAUUUAUUACAGACCUUUGUUGCUAAUCGCAUAUCUAAAAUACAAUCUCUCACGAACAUUGAAAAUUGGAGGUAUGUUAGUACUAAGGAAAACCCUGCAGAUUUAGCAUCUCGAGGUAUAAUGCCUAAAAUGCUGAUGUCAAGUGCAAUUUGGUGGAAAGGACCUCAAUUUUUAUUGUUACAAUCAUCAGAUUGGCCAAUUACUAAUUUUUCAAUUUCUAAACACGAUCUCCCAGAACUAAGAAAAUCUAAAACUAUUUUGGUCAUAUCACAACAUACAAAAAUUUGUGAUUUAUUUACAAAAUUCUCUUGUUUACAACGAUUAAAAAGAGUCACAGCAUAUUGUAUGCGUUUUAUCAAUAAUAAUGCACGAAAAUCUGAUACCAAAGUUAUUGGCCCAUUAUCAGUUGAAGAAUUGGAAAACACCAAUACUAUUUUAAUUAAAUUAUCUCAAAUGGAAUCAUUUUCCGAGGAGCUAGAAUUACUUCGUAAAAACAAGCAAUUAGAUGCUAAACAUAAAUUUGCCUCAUUAGCGCUCUUUAUUGAUGAGAAAGGAAUCAUCAGAGUUGGGGGACGAUUAAAAAAUACUUACCAUUUAACAUCAAACAUCCAAUCUUACUCUCAAGUAAACACAAUUUUACCAAGCUAA